AAACGCUUCAAUUUGUUGCCACGGUCCAGGCCGCUGGGCAGUCAUGGCCAGUACCACAACUACCAGAAACCCUAGCCACGCUUGGCUCAAAGGUCUCGGCACCAAGCUGCACGCAUGCGCGUCGCGCUUGCGCAGCCAUUUCUCCUUCUUAGCCGCCUCCACCACCGCUUCCAGCUCGGCAGUAGUCUUGCUGCCCGCCCUCGCCAUAGUACUGCUUGUCUGCGGCGGCACUGUGCUCUCGAGAGUCGUCGUCUUCUUCCUGCCCCUCGUGGUCUCCACCUCCGUCUGCUGCGCGGCGGUGUGCCUGCUGGUCGCCGACGCCUCGGAGGAGCCGGAGGAAGCGAAGGAGGUCGUGCUCCGGUGCGGCGGCGGCAGGGCGCAGCCGCCGGAGGUCGGGCUCCUGGAGGUGUACGGCGGCGCGAACGCGAGCGCGUACGGCGGCCGGCGCGACGUCGUGGCUGGCUGCUUCCUGCUCCGCAGGCCCGGCGGUACUGGUGGAUGGACGAAGAGAGGCGUCCACGGUCACGAGGACGGCGAGGAGGUGGUGUUCGCCGGCAGGGUGGUGGCGGCCGGCAGCGGUGAUGAUGAGCUGCGGGACGGCGGCGUGACAGCGCUGGAGGAGGAGCUCGUGGCUCUGCGGGUGGACAGGGUUGCCGAGGGCGUGUGGGAUCGCUACUUCGGCGAGUGCGGCUCCAGGUGGAACUACGUACGUGACGGCUGUUGAGUGAGAGCCGUAGGAUCGAAACAGAGGCAUCGAUGAUCGACCGAUCGCGAGGAGCUAGCACCGUAGCUAGCUGACGUAUCGUACUAGUAAUUAAUUAACCGUGAGUGAUGCAUGCCAUGGGUUAACUUGAUGAUGUACUUCGUCACAUGCAUGUUUCCAGUGCCACGACACAAUUAUCCUUGGACAUGUAUACGAUGGCUGCUGGGUGCAUGCUGGAGUACGACGAUAUAUACGUACAUGCAGUCUUGCAUUUUACAGUUUC